AUGAGUGAAAAAUCUCCUUUACGUAUUCUAACAUUUGGCGUAAGUGAAAGUACUGCUCGUGGAGUUAAUGAUCGUCUUCGUAGUAGAGGCAUCGAUGCUGAAUCACAUGUCGUCUCAAACACACCAACUAGUGAUGCUGAAAUCGUUAAUAUUUUGACUUCUAAACAUUGGGAUGGCUUCUUAGUUGGUUAUGGUGUACGAAAAGAGCCUGAAUGGUUUGAGCGACUUCAGCAAGUUGCAAAAAAUGCAAAUCCAGAUGUGCCUUUAAUCAAUCAUAAAACUAUAGAUGACCUAGAAAAUUCCAUCGAACGUCAUUUUAAUAUUCAACUACCUCCUGCGACAGCCUAG